AAAGUAGAAGAAGAAUAAGAACUAAUGUUGUCUUCUUCGUUAGUCAAAGAUGCAUCAAGAAAUGUGGUAAACAGCACCGUGGCCUUGAUGAAUUGCCAAGAAUAAUAACACAAGCGUGGUUAUUUGCUGUUAGCAAACAUAUCUGUACAGAUUUCUGCGUGUCAGAGCUUGGAUUUUCUGCAGCGUGAGUCGCUCAGUGGUUCUCUGGGUCCUGGUCCUGGUCGCUAUCUGAUCUUUGAACAGGAGCUAACACUAUCUCAAGGAAAAAACAUUCAUGACUUCCUUUCCUCUAUAUGUGAAUGUUUACCAGGUCACGUCAGCCCCGUUCAUACCCAUGAGUGCUAUUUUCUCCUUGAGCUGGGCCGAGCGCCAUGCCUGACCGGGACGGUUCCUACUUGUCAGGUGGUGGUGGAAGUGGUGGUAGUCUGAGUGAGGAAGGAGGAGCUGGGUCUGGUUUGGCAGGGUGCUCUGCAGAGGGCAGAGGGGGUCCGGGAGGAGGUGUUGGGGGCAACGUCUCUGGUUCUGGGGGCAUGGGGGGAGGAGGGGCGCUCGGAAACGGCAACAGCUGUGGGAAUGGUGGAGGUGGUGGGCAAGGUGCAGGACUGGCAUUGGACGGUGUCUGCAGGGACUUCAUACGCAAUGUGUGUAAGAGAGGGAAGCGCUGCCGCUUUAGACACCCAGACUUUAAUGAGGUCCCGGACUUGGGCGUGCAGAAGAAUGAAUUCAUCUUCUGUCAUGACCAUCAGAAUAAAGAGUGCAUGCGCUCCAACUGCCGAUUUGUCCAUGGAUCUAAAGAGGAUGAAGACUAUUACAAGAAAACAGGCGAGCUACCCCUCAGACUAAGAGGGAAAGUUGCAGCACGACUUGGUCUGUCCCCCAUGGAUCUCCCCCAUAGCCGAGGGGAGGUCCCUAUCUGCAGAGACUUCCUAAAGGGAGAGUGCCAGAGGGGGAAUAAGUGUAAAUUUCGCCAUGUCAAAAAAGACUACGAGUAUGAGCCUUCCAGGGUUGGAGUGGGUGGUGUUAUAGGGCCAAGUGCCAGUGGAAUGGUGAAUGCAGUGGGAGGGAUAGGUGGUGUAGGAGGAGGUACCUGUGGAGGAAUGCCAGGACUUGUGGGGGGUGGAGGUGGAAGUAAUAUGAUGGGGAUGGGCUGCCCCAGCUUGGGUGGUUGCAGGGAUCCUGGUAUCUCAGGAGUUGGGGGAGUAGGUGGAGGAGGGAUGGCUGGUUGUCUGUCCAUAGGUUCUUCGGGACAACGACGUUAUGACAGGACCUCAUGCUCUGUAUAUGACCCUUUGCUUGAGAGUGGGCUGUUUGAUGCUGGGUCCCUGGAGGCCACUAUGGACCACACUGCUCUACAGCUGAAGAGGCGGCGGCUGGAGGGGCUCCGACUGGCAGACGGGAGUGCAGGUGGGCACUAUGAGCUGGGAGUCCAGGCCACCUUUCCGCCUCGUCCUCUGGAAUACAGGUUCCUGGAGGAAGAAAACUCCCUGCUGAGGAAGAGGGUGGAAGAGUUGAAGAAACAGUAUUGUUGGUGCUUUCACAUGCUGCUGGUGCUACUAAUGCUAGGAAUGGAGGACUUCACUAGAACCUUAGUAUAUUUCACAACCAAAUCAAAAGUUUCAAAUCUCAUUGCCACAAAUGAGGUUCUCCUGGAACAGAACGCCCAGUUCCGAAGCCAGGCCAAGGUGAUGACGCUGUCCUCCACUCCUGCCCCCUCUGAGCAGACUCUGGCGCCCCCUGUGGGCGCAGUCAGUUCCUACAAUCACAGCAUCGCCCAGACUCACACCACCCUGAGCAGCGCUGGACUGCAGCCUCGGCCUGUCACCCAGCAGGACCUGGUAGCUCCCACUGGUGCCCCUGCAGCACCCCCGAGUAAUGCUGCCCCACCAACAGCCCCUCCGCCCCACCUCAACCCUGAGAUCACCCCCCUCUCAGCUGCCCUCGCACAGACGAUUGCUCAAGGGAUGCCGCCACCUGUUUCUAUGGCACCAGUUGCCGUAUCUGUGGCACCAGUGGCAGUGUCCAUGACGCAGCCUUUGCCUGGCAUCACCAUGAGUCAUGCCACCACCCCCAUGGUGUCGUACCCCAUUGCGAGUCAGAGCAUGAGGAUCACCACUCUGCCUCAUUAAGUGAUUAAUUGUCAGGACUGUAGUACCAAUAAGACAAACUGUAGCAUCCUCAAUGUUUUGUUUUGUUUUUUUUAACAUAGAUGGUCUCCUUUUAUGUGCAUGGUACUCAACUACAGAACAGUGACAACAUGAAGAUGAAACCUGUGCUUCCCUACCAGAGGGCAGGAUAAAGACUUCUCUGUUCAGAUGACUUCUUUCACUGUCUGCUCUGUGGUAACAUUACAAAAACAUUUUUCCCCCUGCAGACUGACUGGCCUGUGAAUUUUGGCAAAGGUCUGUGAACCAAAGUGAUCUUUUGAAACAUAGCCACCAGAAAUGACAACAAACUGAAAAUAUGUGAAGUCAUCCAUAGUGUUUGAAGCAUUUCUGCAAGACUGUUUUGCCGUCCUCGUGGGGACAUGAAGACUUUGGAAGCUGUUUAUGUUUAUAUUUUUGUUGUUUGCUUUGGUGUAAAUUAACUUUGGUACUUUGCACAUUUCAGAGUGAAUUACAACCACUCAACAAUGAA